GAUGACUAGUCACAUGAUUUCGCAAACACACACACACACACACACACACACACACACACAUAUAUGGGGGGGAUGUGGUGUUUAUAAAAGUCGCACAAACAGGUCAUACGCCGCAUACGGAACAUCUCCUCCAGAAUGAAGUGCCUAAUUUUCCUGUGCCUUGCCUCGGCCCUGGCCAUGUCCUGGGCGCGUCCACAUCUGCGGGCGCUCUCUCACGAGAUGGUCAACUACAUCAACAAAGUCAACAGUACAUGGAAAGCUGGUCAUAAUUUUGGCAACGUUGAUUACAGUUAUGUGAAGCAGUUGUGUGGAACAAUGCUGAAGGGACCGAAACUUCCAGUCAUGGUUCAGUAUGCUGGAGACAUCACGCUUCCAAAGAAUUUCGAUCCCCGAGAGCAGUGGCCCAACUGUCCGACUUUGAAAGAAAUCCGAGACCAGGGCUCAUGUGGGUCAUGCUGGGCUUUCGGGGCAGCUGAAGCCAUUUCGGACAGAAUUUGCAUCCACAGUAACGGAAAAAUGAGCGUCGAGAUCUCCUCUGAGGACCUGCUGACCUGCUGCUCUGAAUGUGGGAUGGGAUGUAAUGGAGGUUACCCGUCUGCUGCCUGGGAAUUCUGGACCAGUGAAGGUCUUGUGACCGGUGGACUCUACGACUCUCAUAUCGGUUGCCGACCGUACACCAUCGAGCCCUGUGAGCACCACACAAACGGCUCUCGGCCUCCUUGUACGGGCGAGGGCGGAGACACUCCGAGCUGCGACCAAAAAUGUGAACCCGGCUACGGUAUCUCCUACGUUCAGGACAAGCACUACGGAAAAGAAGCCUAUCAAGUUUCUUCUGAUGAGAAACAGAUCAUGGCAGAACUCUACAAGAACGGCCCUGUGGAAGGAGCCUUCAGCGUGUUCGAGGACUUCCUCUCGUACAAGUCUGGUGUCUAUAAGCACAUUACUGGUGCUGAAGUAGGAGGACAUGCCAUUAAGAUCCUUGGCUGGGGAGAGGAAAACGGAACCCCUUACUGGCUGGCUGCUAACUCGUGGAACACCGAUUGGGGUGAUAACGGGUAUUUCAAGAUCCUGAGAGGUGAGGACCACUGUGGCAUUGAGUCCGGCAUUGUGGCCGGUAUCCCAAAGUAGCUCCUACGCAACUGGACAAGAAGUUAAAAAUAUGGAGUUAUUAAUUUUUUUUUUCCUUUUUUAUUGGUGCAUUUUAGCAGUUAAAGAUUUUUUUUUUUUUUUUUUUAAAUACAUUUUAGAUAUAUAGCUUACAGAUUUAAGCCCCCCCGUUUUAGAUUAAGAAAUGGGCAUUGUUUUGAUUUUACAAAAAAUGUUUUUAAUCAGUGAUUUUGUGGAUCUGUUUAAUAAAAUAAUGUUUUUUCUUGAACAAAUUGACCUGCUAGGUUUAUAAAUCCAGUUUGUUUUAUGUGUGAAAGAAUCGGUGUAACAUGAAUUCCUGUAAAAAUCCAAACUGUCUGUUCAACGUUCAGCCGAGUAAAGCGACUGAAGAGAACGAAAGAGAUCGCGCUAUUCUGAAGGUCACGUCUGGGCCACGUACUCCUGAAUAUACAGGCUUGUUCUUCAUGGACGAUGGCUACAAUUUCUUGGUUGACUUUCUGCAAUUUCACAGUAGUCAGGAGAUUAGUGAAUUGUCUAUGCUUUAUUUUUAAAGAAGAAACUGUUCUUUUAGCUAUUUUGGCUUUGUAGGCCUUGUCAAAUGUCGGUCUUCUUUCUAUGAAAACUUGCUGAAGUGUCUGUUCCAAACCAAUCAGAAGGCUUGACACUAGAAGGACUUUCCCCUACAAUUCAUACUCCAUUAUCCAGAAGGGUGUUUAAGAAGUCAGACCCUGGUAACGGAUAUGAAUGCGUGGUUCAGUCUGGAUCUUCAGCCCAAAGGUUGUUCAGUGGGGUUCAGGUCAGGGCUCUGUAUUCUAGACUAUUGCUGAACAAGUCAGGUAUUCACACAAAUCUGGUUAUAUAGUGUGCGUCAUGAAGCGUCGCUUCUUUCAUGUUCUGUUGGAUGAUAGUAGAUGGAUCAAUAUCUAAGUUGUAUAUUACGUCAGGAAAUCCAUGACUGCAACAAUUCUGUGGGGAAAAAUGACCUAAACAAGUACCAAUGCAUUGGUAAUACAAUUACAAUCUGGUACAAUCCAAAAAUAGAAUGAUUUCCCUAAAUUUGAGGAUUUCAAAUAUAACUAUUUUAAAUUAAACAUCUGAACUGUAAUCUUUUUGACAACUUACGAUGGCUUAAAAACUCGGAAAUUCUGGAAAUGUCAAAUCAAAUUCAUUGUUUUUGUGUAUUUCAACUACAAAAAAAGCUUCCAUUUAAUAAACCAUUGAUCACUGCAUGCAACUAUACAUGAAUAUACAAUACACAAUGCUGUUUGCAUGUAUUUUGCUCAUAUGGAUGCGACUAUGAACAAUAAAGUGAACUUUGGUAA